CAGACAUGAAGAUCAUCAGAUAGUUUUGUAUUUGCCGUGACACUAUUACUACUACUACUACAAAGUGUCUGCUGUACAAAGUUUGAUUAGUCUACAGCGCCACAUUGCAUUCCGUGCAUACCCCGCCCCUGUCUAGUAUUAGAGAUGGUUUUCUGCGGGAAACCAAGCAAGGGCUGCGGCGAAUGCCGGUCUCGCAAAAUCCGGUGUGACCAAGCCCGCCCUACCUGUUCACAAUGUGCCAAGGGCAACCGGGUCUGCCCCGGAUACCGUGACCAACUAUCCUUGAUGUUUCGGGAUGAGAGCCAGCAAGUUAUCCGGAAAGCGCGGACCGGGACAAAGGCCCGCAGAGCCAAGUCUUCUAGUAAGACCGACCCUGGUAGUACUAGUACCUGUAGUGCUACAGGUACCCCAGCUACUACUGCUUCCCCUAGUGGCAGCGGCAUGGUAGCUGCUAGUCCUAGUCCAUCCCCUGUGUGUUCCCCGGCAGGCAGUAAUCCAUCUUUAUCGACCGGCGAUGUGGAACCGCCUGAGUUCGAUGGUCCUGUGUGUCUUUCCCCACAAUUUGUCGAGCAGCACGCCAUACAACAGCCCCUAGUGUUGCAGCCAUCGUAUCUACCGACAAAAAAUGAAGCUAUUUCCUAUUUCCUUCGACAGAAUGCUUGGAUCGGAUCGUUCUGGUCGAAGAUUGAAGCAAAUCCCGAUAUCUUGCGCAGGGCAUCGGCAACUAGCCAUGACGCCCUGAUGACCAGCUUGGCUUCUGUUGGCAUAGCAAUGAUCUCGCGUAUCAGGAAAUCUGAACCGAUGAAAAUAGCCGCAGAGAAGGAGUAUGGAAAUGCUUUACAGCUCCUCACCACGGCCGUUGCAGAUCAACGGCAAGCUAAGAACAAUGCAACGCUUGCCGCAGUGCUUAUGUUAGCUAUCUUCGAGGUGAUUACCAGUAGAGGCUCUCGCUUCAUUGACAGUUGGACAAACCACAUACGUGGCGCUGUAGCGCUGCUAGAGCUGCGAGGUGUUCAGCAGCUCCAAGACCCAGAUGGGCUGCAGCUCUUUUUGCAGCUGCGAUAUCAAAUCAUCAUAGGCUGUCUCCAAAGGGAGGCGCGUGUGCCCGACUCAGUUCUUCACUGUGUCAAAGUUGCCAUGUUUCUUCGGCCGCAUACAGUGGCCUAUGGUGACCGAUUGAUUAACAUUAUGGGCCGGCUAGCAAACCUGCGAGCUGACAUCAAGGAAAAGAUUUUAACCGACCGCAAGAAAAUGCUUGAAUCUGCAUACGCCAUCGAGGCUGAGUUAAUGUCAUGGCUCACGUCCUUGCCAGAGAACUUCCCCUAUGCCACCAUCGAGGAUCCCUGGCCUACUCUUAAAUGGGGUCCCAAGCCUUAUAACAACGUCUAUCAUGUGUACACUGAUUUUUGGAUCUGCAACUCGUGGAACCAAUACCGAGUCGCACGGAUCAUUACCAGCGAUCUCAUUCUGACAUGUAUCCGGGAGUUGAACGCCGGCUCACACCUACCUGCCGAUCUUGUCACGCAUACCUCUCAGAUCCGCAAUACUGCCCGACAGCUCGCCAGCGAUAUUUGCGCUAGUGUGCCUUAUUACUUUACCGAUAGUGUCUUUAAGCUCGCCACUGGACAAGCGGAGAUGAGUUCCCGCUAUGAGAUACCCUCACAACAAGGCUUCGUCCGCGGUCUGGUGCUCCUCUGGCCGCUGUCCAUGGCAGCCGCAACACGAGGGCUGAAUCACCCAUUACGGCACUGGGUGUUGGACUGUCUCCAGCUGAUUGGACAUGGCAUGGGUAUUGAUCAGGCGCUGGCCUUGAUUGAACUCCUGAUGACUGAAGAUGGUGUCUUUGGCACACUGGCCCUCCCGGAGGACAAUAGCCUUUUAAUCGGCUCGACCGGUGCUAACUUCAGCACUGAUAAUAGUGGCAAACACUGGACAGGAGCCUCGCUAAGUACAUAUACCCCUCAGGUGGGGUGAGUGUCUGUGACAAUACCCACAGUGGCAGGCCAUGUGUGAAUAUUUCCGAUUAAUAUGUCUACAUAGCGUUGAUACGGGUUGUCUAACAUCGUCGCACAUAGUAUAUACAAAUAGGCCUUCACAUGAGGUCAAAUCUACAUAGCAACAAGGAUAAU